CUCAACAACCAGCUCUGAUUGCACCAUAAUUACUGCUCAAACGCGCACGGACAACAGAUUCAUCAAACCACAAACAAAGAGCUGCCUGGCAUUUCUACAUUUCUCAGUUUGCAAAUAUACUAAGAAAAUAUUUUCAGACUACUAAUUUUACUCCGUAAGCCUAGCAGAACUGUGUAUUUUAUUUUACUUUUUCUUAUGUCGAAUCUUGCGUUCCGAAUCAUAAGUGCUGUAGCUCUGUGACUGGCUGACAGAGUGACGUGGAGCUUCUGGCAGCGCUUCCGGGUGUGAGACUAAAGCAGCAGGAUCAGCAGCAGCUCCUGCGUCGGCCACUCUACCGCUUAAGAUGGGGGGCUUUUUUUCCAGCAUCUUUUCCAGCUUGUUUGGAACACGAGAAAUGAGAAUUUUGAUUCUUGGCUUAGACGGAGCAGGGAAGACAACAAUCCUUUACCGGUUACAAGUAGGAGAAGUAGUUACUACUAUACCAACUAUUGGUUUUAAUGUUGAAACUGUAACUUACAAGAAUCUCAAAUUCCAAGUUUGGGACUUAGGAGGACAAACAAGUAUCAGACCUUAUUGGCGAUGCUACUAUUCCAAUACUGAUGCAGUCAUCUAUGUAGUAGACAGUUGUGACAGAGACAGGAUUGGAAUCUCCAAGUCAGAGCUGGUGGCCAUGUUAGAGGAGGAAGAGUUGAAGAAAGCGAUUUUAGUAGUGUUUGCAAACAAACAAGACAUGGAACAAGCCAUGACCCCCACAGAAGUUGCAAAUUCACUUGGCUUACCAGCUCUGAAGGAUCGCAGAUGGCAGAUUUUCAAAACAUCUGCUACAAAAGGCACUGGACUUGAUGAAGCUAUGGAAUGGUUGGUGGAAUCCCUGAAGAGCAGGCAGUAAUUCACACUCUGACUUUGCUCUCCAUCACUCCAGAAAAAGAAUGUCGCUGGAUGUACAUAUGAAAUAUCAAACACCACCACAAAGAAACUGUUUAUUGGUGAAAAUAUAGUUAUUGGAAAAUGCACAUGUCUUUAACAGCAAUGUACUAUAGCCAGUUCUUUGUGCUUGCUCUGUGUAGGGUAGUUUCACUUUAUUUAUAUGACAUUUUUGUAAUGAAUAUAAAAAUUGGGAGAAUGUGAAGUUAGGUGUUAAGAUCAUCGAGCUUUCCCCUUUGGCUGAAAUUGUUUAUUUUUAAUUAUAACUAAUAAAAACCUCUUUUCAGCUA